CAGUUUGAAAAAUGUAGCUUACAGGCUGAAUAAACGGAACAAGUGAGUUUGAAGAAACUCACAAUCCUUUUUCCUGCUGCACACACUGUUCAAGCACAGAUUUGAAGAUGACAAUUUUUUUGCUGGUGGUGAUGUUGGCAUCAUGUGCUGCACUUCGUAAAGAUCUGUCAGGUAAAAUGUUCACCUUCCCUCAACAAACCAGCACCGCCUAUGUAAAGCUGACCACAUCCAUUCAGAAUUUGAGUGCUUUAACUGUUUGUCACAGGUCUUUUACAGACCUGAAGAGAGAUCACGGCCUUUUCUCACUGGCUACGAGCACUUCUUCAAAUGCCUUCCUGAUUUUUUGGGAUUCAACACAUAAUGAGAUGGAGGUCCACGUCAGGGACAGAGCAGCAGAGUUUUCAGGGCUGGACUACAAGCUGAACAUGUGGCACUCCAUUUGUACCACAUGGGACUCUGCAUCUGGACUGGUGCAGCUGUGGUUUAAUGGACAACCUUUGGUUAGGAAGUUUAGCAGCUCUGGAUCAAGUACCCAAGGGCCCUUUAUGAUAAUAUUAGGACAGGAGCAGGAUUCACACGGUGGGGGGUUUGACCAGAAGCAAUCGUUUGUUGGAAUGAUAUCUGACGUCCACAUGUGGGACUACACCCUCUCCGCUUGUGAGAUUCACAACUACAUGGACGAUCUAAACUUCACUCCAGGAAAUGUGCUCAACUGGAGGGCGCUGGAGUAUCAAAUUUUUGAAAGAGUUUUGGUAGAGAAAGAAGAAUUAACCUGUCACUAAACCUGAAAACAAUUCCAUUUAAUUUUUUUUUUUUUUUUUUUAAAUCACACUUUCUUCAGUUUUACAUCUAAUGUUAAGUAGAGGAAGUCCGACUUAAAAGGCCACAAUUAGGAAAAAAAUACUGAGGCGCUUAAGCAAGGAAUAAUAGUUAAAUGCGUAUGCAUUCAUAAUGGGAGUUAAUGAGGUAACUUCAAUGUAGGUGUGGAGGAUAGAAAAUAUUCAAAGGUAGUUAGCUGACAUGCUUUUAUCAAAACAUAUCAAGAUACUGUAGAGGUUUGGCACAGUGCAAGGAAAUUGUUCUUUCAUUUUAAAUUACUUUUUUGAUUGUGUACCUUUCAAAUAACAUGAGAAAUGCAGAAUUAUCUGGUAGCACCAAUUAGAGCUUAAUUUUCUGUCUUGAUCAAAUCAAAAUAAUGUUUCUGUAAUUUGAUGUACAAUGUAAAAAUACCAUCAAUUAAAUAAAAGUUUGAUGAUGGGGUGGA